AUGCCCCCUCACGAAGGACUGGUCCACCCCAAAGAAUACGAUAUCAAGGACAGCAAUGUGGAAUUAAUCGGUUCCGACCUUGACCACCGUGUCAAAUACAACUCCGCCGCUACCGAGCCCGCUUGGAACAACGGAUCUAUUGGCCAGGAACCGGGUCUGUUCGUAUGGAGAAUCGAGAACUUCGAGGUUAUACCAUGGCCCAAGGAGCGGACGGGCGAGUUCUACAACGGAGAUAGCUACAUCGUGCUGCACUCAUACAAGGUGGGGGACAAGCUGGGUCAUGACAUCUUCUUCUGGCUGGGCAGUAAGACCACCCAGGAUGAAGCCGGUACAGCCGCUUACAAGACGGUCGAGCUGGAUGAAUUCCUGCACGGCACUGCGACGCAGCAUCGCGAGAUCGAACAGGAGCCAUCCGAGGAAUUCUUGGGACUGUUCCGGCACAUCUCCAUCCGGUCGGGCGGCGUGCGGUCUGGAUUCCACCACGUCGAGCCUGAAGCACCCAAGGAGAUCCUCACCUUGCUUCGCGUGUUCAAGCAUCCUUCUGUAGGUCGCUCGAUUAUUGUGCACGAGGUGGAGCCCACUUGGGAAAGCCUCGACGAGAAUGAUGUGUUCGUGCUGGACAAGGGUGAUAAGAUCUGGGUCUGGCAGGGCAAGAACUGCAGCCCCAUGGAGAAGGCCAAAGCUGCGCAGGUGGUCAAUGACAUGACUCUUGCGAAGCACAUUGAUGUCGAGGUUCUGUCGCAGCUCGAAUCGCGCUCCAGGGUCAUUGUGGACUUGCUGGGAGGCAAGGAGGCCGACCCAUCCACAUUCCAGGCUCCGCGACCGGGGCGUUUCGCUAAACGCACGGACGACGGCGGCGAUGUGCGGUCACGCAAGCUCUUUAGACUGAGCGACUCGUCCGGCACACUCACGUUCGACCUGGUCAAAGAUGGCCAGCGUGUCAGCAAGUCCGACUUGGUUGGAAACGACAUUUUCCUCUAUGAUGUUGGCAGCCAGCUGUGGGUCUGGCAGGGAUCCGAGGCCAGCCAGCGUGAGAAAGCGCUGUGGCUCAAGAUUGCCCAACACUACGUCCGUCAGCUGCAGAACCAGCUCCCGGAGGCACACUACAUCCCGAUCGCCAAGGUCGUGGAGGGCUACGAGAGCCCAGCAUUCAUGAGAGCCAUCGAGGCCUAG